AUGAAGUGUGAACACAAGAUUGCGGGCCCCUCGAUCAAGCUCCAGAAUGCAUCCAUCAACCGAGUGAAGCCCAGUGAGAUAGCUGAUCUACUCUACUCGGACAUCCGCAGACAGGAUGGUAGCCAAUUGUUGCCCGGCAAGAUUGGCAACCAAGGUGCGUCUGACCAGCUAGACCAAUACUUCAGAAUCCAGCUCCAGGUGCGCAAGUCCGGGCAGCGCGCACAACAGCGGAUGUGGGCCCAGGCCGAGUCCACCUGGCUGUACUCCCAGGACACAGAUCUCACGGGCAAGAAGGCCCAUCCAAGACAAGACGGCUGUCCCUCGACAAGGAGGAUGGAUGAGGAGCAGGAGGAGAUGGCGAGAUCAUCCCUAUUGGCUUCCCAGCCCUGUCCGAUCUGUCUCGAGCCUUUCGACACUAAUCUUGAUGAGGAGGAGGAGGAGUUCUUCUGGAUCAAUGUGAUUGAGAGCUUGAAUGAAACCAAACAAACCACGGUCUUCUAUCAUGCCACUUGUCAUUUUGAGACCCUUUGUAAUCACAAGAAACGCAUGCAACUGAAGGCAAGAGGGCUUUGUCAACCCAAGAAAGCCUCCCAAGGAAUGUCCUCCGUUGCCAAUGCUUCUGACAACACCAAGCGGCUAGCUAAUCCCCGAGCCUUGUCCCUCACCACCACCCCCUCCGAGUCUAAGAUGGAUAACACUAAUAAGACUCAGCUCGUCCAAUCAAGAGAUCAUCGAGCCAAGAAGGAAAAAGUCAAUCGAUUUUCCUUGGUCAAAUUCUCCGAUCAAGCUGGCUUGGCUCCUGAUAUCAUCAACGUCGUCCGAAGAAGAUCAUCAACGUUGAUGAAGCCUUGUCGUCGUCGAUCUCUCCUGAUCGUGUCGGCUCGCUACAUUGAGCCGAUUGUCAUCGUUCGUCGAAGCGAUUUCAACGCUGCUAGAGGUCGAUUGGUACUUGGUUUCGACGCCUAUUCGAGUUCGGCUGCUAUCGAGUUCGACCGCCUUUCAAGUGAAGGUUUUGAUUCUCCAUCUUGUGAAGGUUGCUGA